AUGAUUUUAUCUCUAUUAAUUACACCUAUUUUAGGUGUUAUUGGUGUUAUUCUUUGUGGAGAAAAUACAUCUUUACAAAAAAAGGUAGCUUUGGCUAGUUCAUUAUUAACAUUUAUUUUAUCUUUAGUUCUUUGGGCUGGAUUUGAUAAUAAUUAUAAUGGAUUCCAAUUUGUAAGUUCUUUUCCUACAAUUACAACAAGAGAAGUAAUUGGAGUAGAUGGUAUUUCUUUAUUCUUUGUUUUAUUAACAACAUUUAUUAUUCCUACUUGUCUUUUAGCGAGUUGGGAUAGUAUUAAAACAGGAGUGAAAUACUUUUUAAUUGCUUUCUUAAUUUUAGAAACUUUAUUAAUUGCAGUUUUCGUUGUUUUAGAUUUAUUAUUAUUCUAUAUUUGUUUCGAAAGUGUUUUAAUUCCAAUGUUCUUAAUUAUUGGUAUUUGGGGUGCUAGAGAAAGAAAAAUUCACGCAGCUUAUCAAUUCUUCCUAUAUACUUUAUUAGGUUCUUUAUUUAUGUUAUUAGCUAUUUUAGUGAUUUACUUUGAAGUAGGUUCUACAGAUUAUCAAGUAUUAGCUGUAGCUGAAAUUAGUGAGACUCGACAAAGAAUCUUAUGGUUAGGGUUCUUCUUAUCUUUUGCAGUUAAAGUUCCUAUGAUUCCAUUCCAUAUUUGGUUACCUGAAGCUCACGUUGAAGCGAGUUUAGCUGGAUCCAUUAUUCUAGCUGGUAUUUUACUGAAAUUAGCAGGAUAUGGUUUCUUAAGAUAUUCUAUUGGUGUAUUACCAGAUGCUUCUGUAUUCUUUACUCCUUUAGUUUAUUCAUUAAGUGUUAUUAGUAUUAUCUAUUCAUCCUUUACAACUCUAAGACAAAUUGAUCUAAAGAAAAUUAUUGCUUAUUCUUCUGUAGGUCAUAUGAAUAUUGUAAAUUUAGGUAUUUUCUCUAAUACAAUUCAAGGUAUUGA